UCCCCAGCUGCGGGGGUCCCAGCCUUCUCUCACCCUCCCCAGUUACGAGGUCCCAGCCUCUCCUCCCUUCCUUUCCGCAGCUGCCGGGCUCUCAGCCUCCUCUUCCUCCGGGGGCCCAGCCUCAUCUCUGUCCCCUUCCCCAGGCUGCAGCUCUCAGGCUUCUCUGUCUCCCUCCCCAGCUGCGGGGUCCCAGCCUCCCUUCCCUCUCCUGCCUCCCUGGGCUACCUCCUCCUUCCCACCUGGCCUCCUAACUUCCCUCCCUCUUUCCCUCCCUCUCCUCUUCCCGCCAGUCUCCUCCUGGGUGGAGGGGGGACCUAACUCUCUCUUCUUGCCCACAGCUGGGAAUCCCAGCCCUCCCCCUUCUUCCCUCUCCUCUCCCCUGCCCCGGGAUUCCCAGACUCCUCAGCUUUCCUUUCCUUUCCUCCCUCAUAUGGAAAUCCUGGUCUCCUCUCCCCUCCUUCCCCCCUAGUCUGUGCACAUCCCUUUCCACCUGCCCCCACAACUCUCUUCCCUCUAAGAGGAGCAGUUCCUUAAUCUUUUAAAACAUGAGCUUUUCUUAGUAAUUCUUUUGUCUUUAUUCCCUCCCCAUCCCCCCCCCCCCCCGCAACGAGUUUAUUUCUUUUCUUUGGGCUCUGAUUUCCAGACCUCUCCCUAGAUUCAUUGCUGCCUAUGCCCCAGACCCUGCUUUUCCCUUGUUGAGGUUGGAGGGACCCUCCCCUCAAAGAACAGCAUAAGAAGAUGCCGGGGCCUGGCUUCUGUGGUCUCUCCCCACUCCGGGUGUUCCCCUCCGUGUUUGUGGCGGCUGCCCUGCUAGGAUUGCUUCCAGUACUGAGGAGCCAUGGGCUGCAGAAUACAGUGACAUCAAAGGUGUCCACCAUGGGCUUGUACAUAGGCCCUGGCGAUGGGGAUGUCACCUCAGCUCCACCAGAGGUCAGCCACGAAGUCCACCCGGUGACCAACCAUUCGGGGCCCUUUCAUGGGAAGCCACGCAAGCCUUUUCCUGUCCUUGGCAUCGAUUAUACUCACGUGCGGACCCCCUUCGAGAUCUCCCUCUGGAUCCUGUUAGCGUGUCUUAUGAAGCUGGGUUUCCACGUGAUCCCCACCAUCUCCAACAUCGUCCCCGAGAGCUGCCUGCUGAUCGUGGUGGGGCUGCUGGUGGGGGGCCUGAUUAAAGGGGUCGGGGAGAGCCCGCCCGUCCUGGAGUCGAAGAUCUUUUUCCUCUUCCUCUUGCCCCCCAUCAUCCUGGAUGCUGGCUACUUCCUGCCCCUGCGCCCAUUCACAGAGAACCUGGGCACCAUCCUGAUAUUCGCCGUGGUGGGCACGCUGUGGAAUGCCUUCUUCCUCGGUGGGCUCAUGUACGCCGUGUGCAUGGUCGGGGGCCCCCAAAUCAAUGAGAUCGGCCUCCUGGAGAACCUGCUGUUUGGCAGCAUCAUCUCAGCCGUGGACCCCGUUGCCGUGCUGGCCGUGUUUGAGGAAAUCCACAUCAAUGAGCUGCUGCACAUCCUCGUGUUCGGGGAGUCCCUGCUCAAUGACGCUGUCACCGUUGUGCUGUACCAUCUCUUUGAAGAAUUUGCCGGCAUUGACCAAGUGACGCUCGUCGACAUCGUCCUGGGCUUCCUGAGCUUCUUCGUGGUCUCGCUGGGGGGGGUGUUUGUGGGGGUGGUCUACGGCAUCAUCGCGGCCUUCACCUCCCGCUUCACCUCCCACAUCCGGGUCAUCGAGCCGCUCUUCGUCUUCCUCUACAGCUACAUGGCUUACCUGUCAGCUGAGCUCUUUCACCUGUCUGGCAUCAUGGCGCUCAUCGCCUCAGGGGUGAUGAUGCGUCCCUAUGUGGAGGCCAACAUCUCCCACAAGUCCCACACCACCAUCAAGUACUUCCUAAAGAUGUGGAGCAGCAUCAGCGAGACCCUCAUCUUCAUCUUCCUGGGCGUCUCCACUGUGGCCGGCUCCCACCACUGGAACUGGACCUUUGUCAUCAGCACGCUGCUCUUCUGCCUCAUUGCACGGGUGCUGGGUGUGCUGGGCCUCACAUGGUUCAUUAAUAAGUUCCGCAUCGUGAAGCUGACCCCCAAGGACCAGUUCAUCAUCGCCUACGGUGGCCUGCGUGGGGCCAUUGCCUUCUCCCUGGGCUACCUCCUGGACGUGAGGCACUUCCCAAUGAGGGAGCUGUUCCUCACAGCCAUCAUCACCGUCAUCUUCUUCACCGUCUUCGUGCAGGGCAUGACCAUCCGGCCUUUGGUGGACCUGCUGGCUGUGAAGAAAAAGCAGGAGAGCAAGCGAUCCAUCAAUGAGGAGAUCCACACCCAGUUCCUGGAUCACCUUCUGACGGGCAUUGAGGACAUCUGUGGCCACUACGGCCACCACCACUGGAAGGACAAACUCAAUCGGUUCAACAAGAAGUACGUGAAGAAGUGUCUGAUUGCCGGGGAGCGCUCCAACGAACCCCAGCUCAUCGCCUUCUACCACAAGAUGGAGAUGAAGCAGGCCAUUGAGCUUGUGGAGAGUGGGGGCGUGGGCAAGAUCCCUCCUGCGGUCUCUACUGUCUCCAUGCAAAACAUCCAUCCCAAGGUACCCUCGGAACGAAUUCUGCCAGCCCUGUCCAAGGAUAAGGAGGAGGAGAUUAGGAAAAUACUGCGUAACAACCUACAGAAGACGCGACAGCGGUUAAAAUCCUACAACAGACACACGUUGGUGGCUGAUCCUUUUGAGGAAGCCUGGAACCAGAUGCUGCUGAGGAGACAAAAGGUUCGGCAGCUGGAACAAAAGAUCAAUAACUACCUGACGGUGCCGGCCCACAAACUGGACUCUCCUACCAUGUCCCGAGCUCGAAUUGGCUCAGAUCCCCUAGCCUAUGAGCCAAAGCCUGACUCGGAAAACCUGCCUAUAAUCACCAUUGACCCCGCCUCGCCCCAGUCCCCCGAGUCUGUGGACCUGGUAAAUGAAGAACUGAAGGGCAAAGACUCGGUGCUGGAGGAGGGAGAGGAAGACGAGCAGGGCCUUGUGAUGCACCCCAAGGAGCCCUCCUCCCCAGGCACAGACGACGUCUUCACCCCGGAGCCGGGGGAUAGCCCCAGUGCCCAGCGCAUGCUCCGAUGCCUCAGUGAUCCCGGGCCUCGCCCGGAGCCAGGUGAAGGAGAGCCCUUCAUUCCCAAGGGCCAGUAACGGCAGGGCUGGGGGCCUCUGAGAACCCGUGGGGGCCUCUCCCCUUCCUUACAGCAUGGCAGCUGGGCUCCAGCACGGCUUCCCACUCCCGCCGGGCAGGGCCCGUCUCUCCUCCCAGCGCCAGCCCUCAGAAGGUGGCACAGUGGACACCCUGAGAAGCUUCUCUCCCCUCCCCCUCCUGCCGAGGACAGUGAGGCUGAUUGCUGUGCAUAUCCCUCCUUGGGGCUGGACAAGCGGCUGGCAUUAAUAACCUCUCCCUCAUCUUCAAACGCUGGAUUUUCAGAACUCUGGGGUCCUGGCCAGGGCUUGAGGCUCUCCCUGAUGGCCCAGACCCUCAUUACCCAGCAGGCAAGGCCUUCCUCCCCUGUCUAGUUCCGAUAGGCUUUUGUUCUCCUUAAACCCUAUCAGUGUCUGUAACCAAAGAGCCGUCUCCUCCCUGGCACGUGCUCCCUGCUGGGCUGGCCACCUUGGUCCUGCUCUGCCUGGGGGUGGGGAAUCCAGAAGCAAUGCAGCUGUUUACCCCUGCCUGCCCCCAGCCCCUAAUUCGAUUCACCCAACACCUAGUAAGGGCCUGCUCUGCGCAGGGCCCUGCGUACAGCAUGGAGCCUACAGAGGAGAAGGUGGAGUGGCCCAAGAGAGGGGGUAUGGGGGGUGUCAGUCCUGGAAGGCUUCUUUGGGGCCAAGCAAGGAGUCCUGCCAGCCCUAGAGUGUGUUGGUGGAAGCCCGCCUCGAACUGAAGCUUGUGAAAGCAGGCUGUCAGGAAUGGAGCUUCAUUUCCCUUCCCCAGAAUCCAGAGUUCUCAGCCAUGGACCCCACCCCCACCCCACUGCCCCCACAGGCUCUGCUUUAUAAGGAAAUGCUGAUACCCCCCCACGGUGUCCUGGUCCUCCCCAUUCCCGUUGCCCCAGCAUCUCUGGGACUAAGCCAGUGGCACCCAAGCAGUUUCCCUAGGGGACCUCCUUCUACAAAUCUCUGUUCUGUGCCUCCCCAUCAGUCAGUCUCUUGAGACCCCCUGCUUUUAAUGUCUUUCUUGGGGACUCCCCUCCCCACAGUAUGUGUCCGUGUAUCCCUGGCACCUCCAUGAGGGAGGGUCAGGAUCAUAGGGCCUCAAGACCACCUCCCCUCACCAGGGUCCAUAGAAGCAGGUGCCCACAGGCCCUGCCGUCCUCUACACACACAACCCUGCCAGUAGCUGUCACCCGUCCUGGUCCUGCUGUCUAAGUAUCUGUGAUCCCGGAGGUGAUCAGGAGGUCAGGGGCUGCUCCUCGACCCCAAGGAAGGGAUGUCGUGAGGCCCCGCUUCUGUCCCUCAGAAUAAACACCACCUCCCCCCCACCAUGAUUGUGCAAUAUUUUCUCUUCCCCUCUAUACCCCUCACCCCCUUGGGCCUGGCUGCCCCUCACCACCACCAUCCCUUGCCUGGGUGCGCACGCUGUCCCUGGCAGAAAUAGCUAAGCAAUGAGGAGGCUGACUGGGUGUAAGGCUGUGGUCACCACCUCCCCCUCCCACCCCUCCCACCCCACCUCCUACCUCCCUGUGUACAAAAUGAAACAAAUCUUUUUCAUAUUC